UUUAUUGGCAUACAUAGCAUGUCUGUGUGUUUGUGCGCGUGCGUGUAGACAAAAUUUGUUGAAAUGAUUUACGAGAGUUCUUAUGACAGCGGUCGUCUGCCGUACAAACCGGAUUUGGCACGUGGCUAUUGGAGCAAAUCCAGCGACUUCAUAUUUACCGGCAUCAGCUUGGCUUUUCGCUUAGAUAUCUUCUCCAUAGCUUGGAUUGUAUUCACAUAUGCUGGUUGCGCUUCCGUCAUACCGUAUAUCGCAGCUUUAUUCCUAUUUGUUGUUCCACUUUUCGUAAUGCAAUCGUUUCUGGGGCAAUUUUCGAGUAGUGGCUUCAUAUCGGCAUUUCGUAUAGCGCCACUCUUUAAGGGAAUUGGCUACAUUAGUCUGGCUGUGAAUUUGGGUAUACUCACUUAUUACAGCGUUUUUGCUGCCGUACCAUUACUAUAUUUAAUUCACUCAAUGCGCCCAACUUUACCCUGGAGCUGUGAGGGCAUCAAGCAUUGGUCAUACAAUUUUACAGAAAACGAAGUGCGACAUCUUUGCCAUAUUCUAUCAAAUGACACACUGCCACCAAAGAACAGUUACUUUUGGACUGUAACGCACCAAAUACCUUCGAACUUAUUUUUAAAUUCUCGUUUUAAUCACAUGGAACUAUUUGACCCACAUAGCGAGGGUUUCUAUAUCUCUUGGGAGAUGCUGCUUUGUACUUUGCUCACAUGGGCACUCAUUGCGGCCAUAUUCUACAAAUUCAACAGCUUUGAGAAGCUGAGCACCGUGCUGCGCUACAGCAUAUUUACUGCCUUCAUCCUGCUAUUAAUUGCUGUGAUACGUUUCGCUUUGGUACCGCAAAAUCCUUUGCUUUCGCUAUUUGAUUUCUUCUUACCGAGUUGGGAUAGGCAACUGGCAAGCUUUCCCUCAGUGGGCAUAUUCGUGAUAUCAGCAUUUGGCGCCGGUUGGGGUACCAUCAUAUCCCUGGCCAGUUUCAAUAAAUUCAAAACAAAAAUUACACAAAAUAGUUGGAUCAUUUGUGUUGGGCAAAUGUUAGUAUUUCUCUGCUUCGGGUAUAUUGUCUAUGUGACUGACAUUUUUUAUGAUGAAAUUAAAAAAGCAUAUAACAGUGAAAAUUCACGUUCAUAUGUCUAUAUAAGCAAGUUGUGGGUAUUAUUUCUCUCCACCGGCAGCGUGAUGGCGGAAAUGUCGUGGUCGAAUCUAUGGUGUAUUUUAUAUUACGCAAUGUUGUUCUUAGCGGCGCUAAUCACAAUUAGCAUUAGCUUGCUUUCAACACUUCAGAGCAUUUUUGACGAAUUCGAAGGAUAUCGCACGCGUAAAACGGAAGUGACGCUCAUUGUUAUUGGCCUUUUGGGCAUAUGCUCGUUAUACACGUGCUCCAAUAAAGGUGUCUUUUUACAUGUGAUUUUCUCCAAUGACACGGUCGUCACGCAAACCGCGCUCAAUCUCUUGCUAUUUUUCGUUGUAUUGUGGGUUUACGGGCGUGUACGUUUUCAGCGCGAUCUUGAGUUUAUGUUAAGUCAAAGCUUCAGCACAUGCAAGAUUUAUGUGUUGCGAUUUGUGUCUCCUCUGUGCCUGAUAGCGCUUUUGCUGACAGCGAUUUUCAUUUCCGUUCUUUACCACUAUUUGGGCACAACGGUUGUACAAAUAGCUGCGCUGCUAUUUAUUGUGCUGCCCUGGCUGUAUGUACCUGGUUACAUGAUGUAUAUUAUGUUACAAACGACUGGCACUUUUAAGACGCGCUUCAAACGCUGCUGCCGCCCCAUGGACUGGUAUCCCGUGGAGUUAGAGGACCGACAACGUUACGAGCAAACAAUGCGCAAUGCGGAUAUGACGCAUCAAUUGCAUGAGCUUGAGGAGGAAACUGUGACAUAGCUAAGAAUUUGUUUGAGUUUAGCUACAAAUGUGAUUUUUUAUAGGAAAAAAUGUUAUAUUUAGCACUGAAAACGA